AUGGCGACUAGGGGUAAUAACAGAAACAAUGGAUUCAAUUUAUUUAUUAAAUCGACGUGUGUUCUUGUAGGACUUGGGAUAGCUGGCUAUAUGUGGUAUAGGAAUGCCGGUAAUGAAGAGCGUGAUGCAGAUGAAGAAUUGGCUACCAAUGAGAAAAAAACUAUGAUGCAGAAGCACUCUAGUAUCAUUAUUUUAUCGACUUCAUUGUUGAAGGAUACAAGCAUAGAUUGGAAUAGUAUUUUGGAGAACGAUUGUGUGAUUCUUGUGAUGCCUGGAUUGAAAUUUGAUAACUUAGCAAAUAUUAAUAAGAGUUACAAAUAUAAGAUAAUUCAUUGCGAUACAAUGACCGGGAUUUGGUCAUGUAUAAAACAUCUGCGUUUGAACACAUUGUAUUAUAUAAAAGAAGAGCUGGGACCAGACUACGACGACAUAAGCGUUGAUCUGCGAAAUAUUUUCACUACAAUCAGAAUUCUGGACGUAGACAAGGAUAUGAACAUGCAAUUAACUUAA